GGUAUCCGUUAGAGAUGACCUUUUUGCGAGCAAAAUCGAGUCGAAAUUCCUCCCCAACUCCCCGUCUCCCUCGCGAGCGAAGGCGCCACUGCUCGCUCCCGACAUGGGGAGCAAGAAGAAGUCGAAGACGAGCAGGAGCAAGAAGAAGUCGAAGACGAGCGCCGACCAAGCCCUGGCCCUCGACUACGUCCGCGCCUGGGCGCACACCGCGCCGCCUCCAGAACCCUCGGCGGCCGAUGCCGCCGCGGACGACUUCCUGCCGAUCCAGGCCGCGCUCCGCGGCGAGGUGUUGUUUGAGCUCCACUCCCACUCCAACCACAGCGACGGGUUCCUCUCCCCCUCCGCGCUCGUCGAGCGCGCCCACCGCAACGGCGUGAAAGUUCUCGCCCUAACAGAUCAUGACACCAUGGCUGGCAUGCCAGAAGCUGUGUCAGCAGCUUCCAAAUUUGGCAUGAGAAUAAUUCCUGGAGUCGAAAUCAGUGCAGUAUAUUCUCCAAGGGAAGUUGCUGGUGCUGGUGAGCCUGUUCAUAUCCUUGCAUACUACGGUAUGUGUGGUCCGUCAAGUUUCGAUGAAUUGGACACCAUGCUAUUGAACAUUAGAGAUGGGCGAUACUUACGCGCAAAGAAUAUGCUGACCAAGCUAAAUAGAUUAAAGGUGCCAAUAAAGUGGGAGCAUGUAACUAAAAUUGCUGGUGAGGGAGUGGCACCUGGUCGAUUGCAUGUAGCAAGGGCUAUGGUUGAAGCGGGUUAUGUUGAGAAUGUAAGGCAAGCAUUCAACAAGUACCUUGGUGAUGAUGGCCCUGCGUAUUCCAGAGGGAGUGAACCAUUUGCCGAGACUGUUGUUCAGUUGAUUAGUCGUACAGGGGGUAUUUCUGCACUUGCUCACCCAUGGGCAUUGAAGAACCCGGAUGCAAUCAUCAGGGCCUUAAAAGGUGCCGGUCUAAAUGGUAUGGAGGUCUACAGAAGCGAUGGAAAGGUUGAUGGAUUUAGUGAAUUAGCUGAGAAGUAUGGGCUUCUGAAACUCGGAGGUUCAGAUUUCCAUGGAAGAGGUGGGAAAAAUGAAUCUGACAUUGGAACAGUUAAGCUUGCUAUUACAACUUUGUGCUGCUUCUUGAAGAUGGCUAGGCCUAUCUGGUCUUGUGCUAUGAAAGACAUCCUACUUAAGUUUGCAGAGGAACCAUCUGCUGCCAGUCUAGGAAAGAUAGUUAAGUUCGGACGACUUGCCAAUUUUGAUGGUUUUUCUCCAACAGACACUGGUAUUGAUGUUGUUGAUCUCUGCUUAUCUUCAUGGUUAAGUAAUGAUGACAUGGAAGAUAUUGAACUUGAGGAGGUAAGGCUGAAGCUUGCCCAUUAUUCAGCAAAAAAAUAACAAUCAGUCACACAGCCAUGUCGAACAAUGUUUUUCCCCUGUGUUUAGAUUUCAGAAUAUGUUGUGACAUUCCAUCAAAGCUAAUAUAUAUUUGUUUACUAGUUGAUGAUGUUGCUGAAAGUAGAUAUGUUGAAUGUGGUAGUCAUUGACAUUUUAAUAAAGAAUGCAUAUUCCUCAAUGGUAGUUUAA